CUGUCACAAAGCACAGUGCUUUUUAACAGUAAAGCUUCUGGAAAACCCAAACAAAAGACACGUCACCCGGUGACGUCAGCCUAUAUACAGUUCUGUGUGGUCGCAGCACAUAAGCAAAUCCAUUCUUGUGCCGUUUCUCGGAAAAGCUUUUCAGUAAAUGCACUCAUGCUGCUCCAGAAGCUCUUCUCUGCAACAAGCCGCCCAUCUGCCAUCAACAAGUUAAGGCUGAGAGAACUAACAGCUGCGGGAAGGAACGCCUGAAGCCCCGACGAUCGGCAGUAAUCAGGAGGAAAUUAUUAACUUAUAAUCAAAGCCGAAUUAGGGGAUCAGAGCACCAAGAAAAUGACACCAAUGCUUUCCAGAGGGAUAUCCUAAGGAAAAAAACCAAUUCACCCUGAUAGACUUGAAUUUUACUUGAAAAGCCUGGGGCACAGAAAACAGGAAACUGGUCAAAGGCUCCUGCAUGUUAGAGCCUUUUACAGACUCACUGCGUUGAGUCUGACAACCUCGACUGAAUGCAGCCUCCAAUGUGCUCUGAAGAAUGGCUGUCAUCUCUGCAUCCUGAGCUCUUCUAUGGCCUUCGGAAGCUGCAGACCUUGCAUUUACGUUCCAACUCCCUGCGGACUAUCCCAGUACGUCUGUUCUGGGACUGUCGUAGUCUAGAGUUUCUGGAUUUGAGCACAAACCGUUUGCGAAGUUUGGCUCGAAAUGGAUUUGCAGGAUUAAUCAAACUGAGAGAGCUUCAUCUGGAGCACAAUCAGCUGACAAAGAUUAAUUUUGCUCAUUUCCUCCGGCUAAGCAGUCUGCACACUCUCUUCUUACAAUGGAACAAAAUCAGCAACUUGACGUGUGGGAUGGACUGGACCUGGAGCACUUUAGAAAAGCUAGACCUAACUGGAAAUGAAAUCAAAGCCAUCGACUUGACAGUGUUCGAGACCAUGCCUAAUCUUAAAAUACUUCUCAUGGAUAACAACAAGUUAAACAGUCUUGAUUCCAAAAUCUUAAACUCCCUGAAAUCCCUCACAACCGUUGGCCUCUCUGGCAAUCUGUGGGAAUGCAGCCCCAGAGUGUGUGCUCUUGCCUCCUGGCUGGGCAGUUUCCAAGGUCGGUGGGAGCACUCCAUCCUAUGCCACAGCCCUGACCACACCCAAGGAGAGGAUAUUCUAGAUGCAGUCCACGGGUUUCAGCUCUGCUGGAAUUUAUCAACCACCGUCACUGCCAUGGCUACAACUUAUAGAGAGCCAACCACUGAAUACACAAAAAUAAGCUCAUCGAGUUACUAUGUAGGAGACAAAGAAAUUCCAACUACUGCAGGCAUAGCAGUCACUACAGAGGAACACUUUCCUGAACCAGACAAUGCCAUCUUUACUCAGAGAGUAAUUACAGGAACAAUGGCUUUAUUGUUUUCUUUCUUUUUUAUUAUUUUUAUAGUGUUCAUUUCCAGGAAGUGCUGCCCUCCCACUUUAAGAAGAAUUAGGCAGUGCUCAAUGAUUCAGAACCACAGGCAGCUCCGAUCCCAAACACGACUCCAUAUGUCAAACAUGUCAGACCAAGGACCGUAUAAUGAGUAUGAACCCACCCAUGAAGGACCUUUCAUCAUCAUUAAUGGUUAUGGACAGUGCAAGUGUCAGCAGCUGCCAUACAAAGAAUGUGAAGUAUAAUAUCUACUCAUCAUCAAAAAUCACAUCAGAUAAGUAACCUAUUUUACAUAGUAGGGGCUAAAUACAUAUCUAAUUUUUACCAAUGGUGACAUUAAGCCUAAUUUUCCAAACCAAGUGGAGACUUGAGUUUUUGAAGUGUUAAAGUAUUUUUAAUUUUUUAAUGAAAACAUAUUUUAAGUGUUAAAUGAAGCAAUGCUCAUAUUAAUUUGCACUCUUGUUGGAAAGUCUAAAUGCCUACUUCAAUAUAAAUCAUUUCUUGUAUGUAAUUAUAUACAACUGUAUGUAAACAUUUGCGCUAAGGUCUCCAUAAGUUUUUUUUUUUUUUUUUUUGUACUGAAAACAGUUCCAAAAGAUGCUACUAAACAAAUAUAGGUAGGGACAAAAACCUGUAUGAUUAUUAUUCUCCAUCCUAUGGACCACAACUGGCUUCCUACUUAAGAAGGAGACAGCAAAGUUCUCUUGUAAGAUAAUGUGGUAUUUACUCAAACUAUAAUUUACUGCCAGUAUAAGAAGUAGACUUACAUGUGUGCUUAAGACUGGUAAAUAUUAAACGUUAUUCUUUCAGUUUGGCUUGGCUUAAUAAACAUUAUCUAAGUUACAUCAUGAAACCAGCACCUUUUAUAUAACUCUAAUAAAAUUGGGUGACUCUUUAAUAUAUUUCAACAAUAAAUCCAAGCAAUUAUAAAAAGAUCUCAUUAUAAUAGAUCAAUACUAAGUAACUAUGCUGACUUCUUAUACAACUCUAGUUUGACUUAUAAUGGACAUGCUGAUUUUUGUGGCAUUUAGCCUAUUAUUUUAAACUAGUAUUAAAUUCCAUUUUACUAAUUAACUUACUAAAUCCUCUAUUAUGUAAAAAUUUGCAUUUGGGAAAGAGAAAAACUGAGUCAACUUAACAAUCCUGAUAUACUCCAUCCAGUUUGAAAAUACAUCCCCUCUCAUGAUUAAAGAUGCCUUGACAAACUGUUUAAGCCUCUUCCUUCUGCCUUUUUCUGAUCUUUAAACUUCAAAGAUUCGAAUUAAAAAUAAUUGGCUAUUAAAGGUGCCUAACCUGAUUCUUGUUAUAUUAUAAAAAAACACAAAAAAUUGCUUUCAAAAUAUGAUGGUAAAGCUUGCCCUUUAAUAAAGAUACGCAUUUAUAUGAGUAGCUCCUUCUGAGACAGGACCUAUUUUCGAGGCAAACCUUAAGGCAGAACUCCUGUCAUUGCCCCUGUCAUCACACAGCAGUGAGUGAAAACAGAACGGGUGUGAAGGGUUAUAAACAGGGAAAGACUCUGAGUGUGGCUCUCAGGUUAGUGGAAGUAACUAGGCAGCAAACAUGAUCAUGUACAAUUUGCACCAAAUAAGUGAUGCUCAGGGAUCUGUAUGGUGUGGAAGGAGACUCUACAGUGUAAAUGUGAACACUUUAAUCACAGUAACACCUGACAACGAUGCCACAUUUUUCAUGAAGAACCACAAGUGUUCAAUUCUGACUUCUUUAAGGCAAAUGACGGCAUACUGGGGAAUUAGACUCAAGUUACCAAUUCACAUAGAAUUUUUUUCUACAAAGAAGGCUCCACAUGUAGGAGAAAACAGAAAAUCAUUACUUUGAUUUCAGAAAGGAAAAGAAAACAAGCAUUUUUAUGUGGAAAAAUAUUUAAGUCCUUAACGAAAGUCACUACUGUAACACAAUAUUCUUCAUUCAAGGCUUAUUCUCUCCCCAUGAUUGGAUUGAAAAUGUUUCUAUAGACCUAGAUUUAAUCAUAAUUGUUUUCCUUUAGCACUGAAAAAUAUUUCAAAUCUCUUAACAAAAAGCAGGUAAUAGGCUUCAGUGAAAUGUGCUCUUUAUAUUUCUUAUGCUGGGUAAUCUGAGGCUGGCAAAGCCUCAGAGCAGCUCAGAUCGGUUGAUCUUGAGUGGCAAGCAUUCCCUCUCCUGAUACAGCAGACGCUCGGUUUGUCUGAGCUGAGACAGACACUGGCUUUCCAGCAUAGAGCACAGCACACUGCUUCCCCACCGAGGAACUGCAGCAGAAGCCCUAUUACAAAUGAGCUCCGUGGUCUAGGAUUUAACAACUCAUUUAUCAUGGUGACCACUGCCAUUUGUCAGGUGAUGGACAGCUUGUUCACAAUUCCGUUUUGAGCAAGCAAGACUCCAUUGGCCCUAAACGAUGAGUGAUUUUCAUCAUUUCAAAUCACAAGCAAAAUUUAUUCAAACUGUGAACUAAAAAGUAAGAAAUAUUAACUAGGAACCCCAAUCAAUCCUAAAGAAUGAGUAAAGUGAACUGUAUGUAGCAGAGCAAGCCACGUAGCAUCCGAAGGAGAACAGUGCCAAAAGCCAUCAAGGCAAACUAGGGGGGGGGGGGGGCAUAUUUUUUUUCCUUCCACACUUUUGGUAAUGGUAGUGCCAACCAGGUAUUUUCCUUUUUCAGUUAAAGCACAAAUUGCCACUUCUAACUGCCUACAGAAAACAAGGUUCCAUGCAGUAUCUGUGCUACCAACUGGCCAGAGUAGCAAAACCAUAUGUGGUUCCUAGUCAUAAAAGUGGGGGCUUUGGGUGGGGUUUUAUCUCUUACCACUCAACUUUCCCUCUCCUCCAUUUUAAAGGUUAGUGAAAAAUCAGAAAAUAAUUUCUCAGAAAAGUGAAAUGAAGCUAGGAAUUAAAAAUUAGUUUGCAACUACCAUUACUUAUUUUUGUAGCCUACAGGGAAUUCAAGCUUACUUUUCUAAAAAGAGAGUGGGCUGGUAAAUCUUAAAAAAAAUAAAAAAAUAAAUCACACAAAACUCAUAUUACCGGCAUCAAAAAACAGACACUAUUUUAAGCCAAAAAAAAAAAAAAAAACUAUUACCACAUGUAAUUUCUUAAUGAGUCAAAGUUAAUUUCAGUACUAAUUCAAUGAAUGGAAUUGACUAAACUUCCUAAUUCCACACUAAUUAUUAAAACCCAUCUGCUUAUUAUAAUGCUAGUCACCAAAAGCUAAACUCCAUCUUUCCAGUAAAAGCAAGCUCUAUGUAGCACUAGUCUGAAUUCUGAGAUAUCAAAGUUUUAUUAUUUUCUUAAGUCAUACUUUCUACACAUAGCUAUCUAAGGGGUGGAGCUAAA